CAUACUUCCAAAAUACGUCUUAGUAACGUACGUUUGCUCACUAGGUCUUCUAGUUUUCCUACGCUCUCUGAAUUUGAUGUGGAUGUGAGAAUAUCCAAGCCGAAGAGCUGUGGGAAAGAUUGCAACCCGGGAGUUUGUCCGCCUCCACCGAAACAGCCCGCGUUGUGAACUCAGUGUGUGGACUCGGUCUGGGUCUGUUCGUGCACGGAGCUCUGUGGCCACACUUCGAACAGGAUAGGUUGAGUGAGCGAAGGAGUGAGUGUGAGAGAGUAGAUAAAUAAUGAAGAAGAACUCUUAGCGCACCUUUUUGUCCUCUGAUAUGCAGAUUUGCUGAUAAAGCAUCCGCUAUCUGGUCAUCUCAUACAGGUCGUGGAAAACUGCGCGUGCAUGGAAAUCUUAAACUUUUUUUCAUCUCCAGGGUAUUUGUCCUUGAUUUCGUAUAAAACCCAAAACGAAUGUGAACAGUAAUACUAGGCUGCUGACAGCUCUUGCGGUUUCGUAUUGAAAUUCUCACGUCUUCUACAACUAGGCUACUAUUGCUGACUUCUGCUUGUGGAUUUUACCGUUGCGUCUAGGAAAAGGUUUAGGGAGCAGCGGAAGAGAACCACUCCAGAAUCAUGGGACGUUUCCGCGUACUAUCACUUGGUCUUCGGCUUGCGGUUGUCGUAGCAAUCCUGUUUCUGAAAUUCCAACAUGUGACGGCUAUGUCUUCAGACCUGGACCUGGACCUGUUUGUGUCUCCUACUGCCAGUGGCAAUGUUACUCCAUGCAAUACAGCUGGCACAGCAUGUGAAAAGGGGGUGAUUCUGCCGGUCUGGGAACCUCAAAAUCCCUCUUUCGGGGAUAAAGUGGCUCGGGCGACAGUCUAUUUCGUGGCUCUGGUGUACAUGUUCCUCGGGGUGUCCAUCAUUGCUGAUCGUUUCAUGGCGUCCAUUGAGGUAAUCACCUCUCAGGAGAAAGAGAUCACCAUCAAGAGACCCAACGGAGAGACCACCACCACCACCGUGCGGAUCUGGAAUGAGACUGUGUCCAACCUCACGCUUAUGGCCCUGGGUUCCAGUGCCCCUGAGAUCCUACUGUCUGUCAUUGAGGUUUGCGGUCAUGGUUUUGAUGCGGGGGCCUUGGGUCCCAGCACCAUUGUGGGAAGCGCCGCCUUUAACAUGUUUGUCAUCAUCGGCAUCUGUGUAUAUGUGGUCCCGGACGGGGAGGUUCGCAAGGUCAAGCACCUGCGUGUCUUCUUUGUCACAGCCUCCUGGAGCAUCUUCGCCUACCUCUGGCUCUAUCUGAUCCUGGCUGUCAUCUCCCCUGGCAUAGUGCAGGUGUGGGAAGGCCUGCUCACCCUCUUCUUCUUCCCCAUCUGUGUGUUGUUUGCCUGGGUUGCCGACAGGCGCCUGCUCUUCUACAAGUACGUCUACAAGCGCUACCGAACCGGCAAGCAGCGGGGCAUGAUCAUCGAGACGGAAGGCGACCGCCCGCUACCGUCCAAAGUCGACAUUGAGAUGGACGGAAAGAUGCUCAACUCCCAUGCCGCGGACUUCCUGGACGGGCCUCUUGGGUUGGAAAUAAACGUGAAGGACGUGGACGAGGAGGAGACCCGGCGUGACAUGGCCAAGAUUCUCAAGGAACUGAAGCAGAAGCAUCCCGACAAGGAGGUGGAGCAGCUGAUUGAACUGGCCAACUACCAGGUGUUGAGUUCCCAGCAGAAGAGCAGGGCCUUCUACCGCUGCCAGGCCACCCGGCUCAUGACUGGUGCAGGCAACAUCUUGAAGAAGCAUGCGGCCGACCAGGCCCGUAAGGCUGUCAGCCUGCACGAGGUCCGCUCUGACAUAGCCGAUAAUGACCCCGUCUCCAAGAUCUACUUUGACCCCGGCUCCUACCAGUGUCUGGAGAACUGUGGCACGGUGGCGGUGAAUGUGCUACGGCGAGGCGGUGACCUGAGCAAGACGGUGACGGUGGAGUUCCGCACAGAGGACGGGUCGGCCAACGCCGGCUCGGACUAUGAGUUCACCGAGGGGGUGGUGGUGUUCAAACCCGGCGAGACUCAGAAGGAGAUCCGUGUGGGCAUUAUCGAUGAUGACAUCUUCGAGGAGGAUGAGAACUUCCUGAUCCACCUCAGCAAUGUCAAAGUGCUGUUAUCAGAAGGGGAGGAGGUGGAGAACUCAGAAACCAAUCACGUGGAGGCGGUGGCCUGUCUUGGCAUGCCCUCCACGGCAACCGUGACCAUCUUUGACGACGACCAUGCCGGCAUCUUCACGUUCGAGGAGCCAGUGGUGCACGUGAGUGAGAGCGUGGGCAUCAUGGAGGUGAAGGUGCUGCGCACUUCUGGGGCACGUGGGGUCGUGAUAGUGCCCUACAAGACUGUGGAGGGCACGGCACGUGGAGGUGGAGAGGAUUUUGAAGACACUCACGGGGUCCUGGAGUUCCAGAAUGAUGAAAUCUUCAAAAUGAUUAAGAUCAGAAUCAUUGACGACGAGGAGUAUGAGAAAAACAAGACCUUCUACGUGGAGAUCGGAGAGCCUCGCCUGAUGGAGACCAAUGAGAGUAAAGCUGCGGAGGCGGCUGUGAAGGAGGUGGAAGAAGAGGUGCCGCUGACAGGAGAGGAUGACGAGGAGCAACGCAUUGCUGACAUGGGCCGACCCAUGCUUGGGGAUCACGUCAAGCUUGAAAUCAUCAUUGAAGAAUCCUACGAAUUUAAGAACACUGUGGACAAGCUGAUAAAGAAGACUAACCUGGCCCUGCUGGUGGGGACAAACAGCUGGAGAGAUCAGUUCAUUGAGGCCAUCACUGUCAGCGCUGGUGAGGACGAUGAGGACGAAGAGUGCGGCGAAGAGAAGCUGCCGUCCUGCUUCGACUACGUCAUGCACUUCCUCACGGUCUUCUGGAAGGUUCUGUUCGCGUUCGUCCCCCCGACGGACUACUGGAACGGCUGGGCCUGCUUUGUGGUGUCCAUCUGCAUGAUUGGCCUGCUCACAGCAUUCAUCGGCGACCUGGCCUCCCACUUCGGCUGCACCGUGGGCCUCAAGGACUCGGUCACCGCCGUGGUGUUUGUGGCUCUGGGGACCUCUGUGCCAGACACCUUUGCCAGUAAGGUGGCGGCCAUCCAGGACCAAUACGCUGACGCCUCCAUUGGCAACGUGACGGGCAGCAACGCUGUCAACGUGUUCCUGGGCAUCGGCGUGGCCUGGUCCAUCGCUGCCAUCUUCCACAACUCCAAGGGCAACGACUUCAGGGUGGACCCCGGGAAUCUGGCCUUCUCCGUCACCCUCUUCACCAUCUUCGCCUUCAUCUGCGUGGGCGUGCUGAUGUACCGGAGGCGGCCUUCGAUCGGCGGCGAGCUGGGGGGUCCGCGGACUCCUAAGAUACUGACCACCAUGUUGUUUGUCAGCCUGUGGCUGCUGUACAUUCUCUUCUCAUCGCUAGAGGCUUACUGUCACUUCCAGGGCUUCUAAACAGACUCGAGGCCCGUCGGGAGACAAGACGAAGGCAACAGCAGGGUUGAAAAAACAUUUUUCCUCUUGUCGUUAAUGAUCCCAAACCCGCUACUCCACCCGUUGCCCCCCUUUUAAGAAGUGAAAGACCUGUCCACCCCCUCCUCCCGCAGCCUAUCCACCCUCUCCAUGGCCCCUAUGGUCUAGUACUUAAGGGAUGGGACUGGUUCCUCAGGCGAGGAGUGGCCUGUCAAGGCAGGGACAGAGACCCCUCUGAUGUCUGUAGAAUGCCAGUUCAGUGUGUGGGUGGGUGUGUUUGUUUUCCCAUCCUGAAGAGGGAGCUGUUUGACAUGUCUCCUACCACUCAACAACCCUACAGAAACGGCAUCGUCCCACGCCUGUGGCUGGUUUCUGACUAAAAACAACACAUCUGAGUGAAAUCCUUUAAUUCCCCCGCCAUCAUCAUUGAUAUGUAUAUGCAUGAAGAUCCAUUCAAAAUAAAAAGAUAUAGCUGUUUGCAAAUGCUGCAGGUGAAAAAUUACAGAUACUGUUGAAGGCCUCUUCUAUAGUGCUGAUUACGCCAUGACAUUUGGGGGGCUUCUCUAUUUCGGGCCUAAUAGUAAAUUUUCUUUUACGGUAAAAACGAAUAACCGUUUAUUGUGGCAUGACACAACCAGUCAGGAUGUUUUUCAUCUGACUGUCAAACCAAUCACUUGGAGGCUACCUGUGCACGUCCGCCCCAAAACAACGCCAUUAUUGAAACAAAAACAGUGUUCUGGGCGCCCACACAGGAAGAGAACACCAUGCGCUUGUUUUCAGACUCAAAAUCAAACAGUGACUAGGACGGGCAGUUGUAAAAACCAAUUGGACAACUAUUCUUACUGACUUGGUAGUCAUGGCUCGUUUUUUCCUGAGUGACUCAUUUUAGUUGUCCGUUUGACCUGUUGGCUGCUCUUAGCUUGUACAACAGGAUUAAUAUUAUCUACUCCAGCUCAGUGGCAACUAACGCAGGAUCCAAAUAGCAACUGUCUAGUAUGCGACAGCGUAGGGACAAAGAUACAGGUUUAAAACAAGUAAUUGACUAUUGAUUAUUGAAUGUUAUCAAUGGACAGCUUUGUAGAACCAAAACAGGCUCCCCAAACAGCCUUUGCUGAGCACUUGAAACAUUUCUUUCUGCACACAAUAUUGUGGUAAUCAAACUGGCCUUGCAGUCAAGCAGCCAGCAACGUAAAAAAUGAAUGGUUUCAACCACGACAGAAGUUUGGAAGUUUGUAUUUUAAUUUCUACAACUAUGAAAUAUUGUUUAGCACUGUAAUUAAAAGACAUAGGAGGAAAUAACUUAUUUAGAUACAUUUAGAUAAGCCCUUCACCUCUAACCCUUUGUAGUUGCCACCUUAGCCAGUUCUGAACCCAAGUAGAACCUGUUUGCUCUGUUUGUUAUCUUGCUGUAGAUGGUUGUGUUAAAGACAAAUAUCAAGAUGUUAAGCAUACUAUUACCUUUAAGGCCAUUUUGUGACUAAAUGGCCAGCAUUACAAGUUUAUCAGUGAACUUCAUUUCAACAUAAAUUAUAAUUUUCAAAACAUGAUUACAUUUUCUAGUUUAGUCAAUUGUAGUAUCAUCAACACUACGCUUUUCCUCAAUACCAUUUCACCACAAGCUAUUCAGCAGCCACUCCCACUGGUCCUUUGUAUCAAUCCCAAAUCUUAAGGGCUCUACAGACUAUUUUUAACCAAUAACACAAGUAACCUACCCCUUGGCCUUUCCUAAACGUAUCCUUAACCCUAACCAGUAACGUACCUCUUCCCGUAUCCGAAACUCACACUCAACACUAGCCCUAGCCAAAAGACCCUAUCCAGAAGCGUACCCCAUGGCCUUUCCUAAACCCACCCACUACACUAACCCCCGUUUCUCUUCUUCUCCGCUGAGCUGCACAUCGUCAUUAUCCAACGUUAAAUAUUUAAUCGAACAGUAUUUUACAAUAAAAACCUGGUAAUAGUGGACAGAAGUCUGAGGCCUGGAUUUAUUGAGAAAAUGUAGGCGUUGUAGCGUUUAAAGGCAAUGUUAAUGGAGAUUAUAAUUUAAGGUAAAUGCUAUAGAUUUUGGCUCAAUCAGAAAUUGCCUUUAAAAGCUUCACUGCCUAAAAAAAUCAUUUUGGAAUGGGAUACAGAUUCUAUAUUAAACAGUUUUUAUAAUGCAGUAGCCCUAAAGGGACAUUUUACAGGCGUUCAAAGUAAUGCUGGGAUAGAAAAUACAAUGGCUGGGUAUUUCUUCUUUUCUGAGGGAAAAGGCUUUUGUCUUAAUGAUGCAAUCUUUUUAAUCCACCUUACUUACUGCCAGUCUCCAGACGUAGGGGUUUACAUUCAAGACUGUUAAUACAUAUCCAAUUUAGACAAAUCAGACUAAUCAAUCAGUGUGUGAAAGAGGAAGACCCUCCGCAUUUACACCUUCUAUAGAUUAUUUUUUUUUAUGUUGAAGGGAUGAUGAAUAUCCUGAGUUUCCUAAUGAGUUUCUUUUAUACAAUAUACUUGAUGUUUAGCGUAAUAAAGAAAUAAUCUUAGACUUUAUUAUUUCAUACUGAAGAAAGAAAUCUUACAAUUCUGGUUUGGAAAAUCGUGAACCUGGCAAUAUUUUUUUAUUUUCAUGUGGUUUCUCACCACAGAAUCUUAGCCCUCAAAAGGUUCUAGAUUAGAGUAAUUAGUACACGGAAGCCAAGUGCAGUUUACUCCUCUUUCGCCAAAGGCAACUAUUUCUAAUGGAAGCUUCUGUAAAGGUUCAAUCAGAAUAGUCACUGGUUUUCGAAAAAAAAAACGAAAUUUCUUAACAACACCAAAUAGGUCCCUCUACGGUUCUAAAAGCAUUUAUUGUUUUACCGAACAUUUCCAAUGAGUAAUUUAAAAUGAGAAAUGUUCGUCUCUUAGGGGAUGUGUUGUGUGUUUGUACCCCUCCUUACCUGGUCUGAAGUGAACUUGUUCACGAACGAACAACCAUUGGAAGGGCUGUUAAGGUUAUUCUACCAUGGUUUGGCGUGUGGCUUUGUGGUAGAGUAGCCGGAGGUUUAUUGUAAAGGAGGCAGGACAUCAAGCUGUGAAGAAGCUCUCCUUGCAGGAUGACAGUGGAGGGGUUUGGAUUUAAGGAAAAACGUUGCACUGGUUCCCAUGUUUUAAAUGACAUUUAUGACAUUGCUUAUAUGCUGAUGAUGACCCUGCUGUUACGUGAUUUUAUGACCUUUCUCUGACCUGAAAACUUUACUAUGACAAUGAAAUACUAAAAAAAAAGACCUAUCCUAAAACACUAAUAUCAAGUUAACCAACUACAAAUAAAAAAAAAAAAGAGUUAGAAUAAUAAAAACAAAAAAAAAUACGAAGUACAGCCAUACAUUGUGUACUGGUGCAGUGAGGCGAGAGGACUUCUCCUGCCCAGCAUGUGUUUGCUAUGGUGUGUGUCUGCACCUAGAAUGUGCAGCAUCUCUCUGUAUCCUCUGCCCUACGCCAUGUCCAUAUUUUGGAAUGUUAAUGUGCUACUUGUUCACACUGUGCAUGAAUGAUAACAUGUCUGUAAAUAGUAAGCAGUAUCCCAUUCGUUCGUUGAUGUUGACAGAGGUUUGAAUGUUGUAUAGAUUUGGACUUGUUUUUUUCUCCCCACUCCCGCUCCCCCCUACACGAACUUGUACCAGAACCUGAUGUUAUUUUUUAAGUUGAAUGAUGUCUUUGGUAUCUUGCACACAAAAAAAAGGCAAUAUCUGUUGUUGAAAAAGGGCGAGAACUUAAAGAAUUACGCAUCUUAGGGGAGUUGCAUGGGUAUUUGUACAAAAAAAACCACUGCUUGCUUAAAAUGACAUGGCUGGUUAUAGUAUAUGACAGUGUAAGAGAACUAUGUACAUCAAAGGCUAUUUUGUCAUUGAGGAGAUCAUAUGUAUAUACUGUACAGUGUUGCCAGAGAGAGGUCUACCACCUCCACUUCUUAGAGAAUUAUACAUAUUUAUUUAAAAACCCUCGCCAAACUCAAGAAUGACAAAUAUUGCCUUUUUGGAGAAGUAUAGUUUGCUUCAAUGCUUGUUUGGCUCUCUAUCGUCGCUCUCUUCGUUCCAUGCUGAGCAGUGUUUGGUCUUUGAUAUCUGAGUCUGUCAUUUCUCCAUGAAGGGUGGCUUAAUUCUUAACAUGAAGGUCUGUCCGUCUGUCCGUCUGUCUGUCUUUCAUUGCUAUAGGUGUGUCAUUCGAUUACACAGCCACCACAACCCCACUGCUCAGAUGGACAGUAGUUUUUCAGGGUUCUAAUAUUUCUCACUUUCUCUCUUUUACCUCCUUGCAUUCCAUGUCAUGCUCUCUAGAUCUUUCUUCCCUACAGCUUUCUCUCAAACACACCCUCUUGAUUUCCUUGCUGUCUCUCUUACAGGGUUUAGUUUGCAAUUUGUUUUGUCUUGAUUUUGUUUGAUUAUAAUUGAUAGAAUAUCAUAAUUUUGUCUUCUUUCUUUGACUUUAUAGUUUUUUUUCUUUGUGUUGCACACAAACUAAUAGGAAGAAAGUACACUAACUGUGAUUGCUCUACAUGGUACACUUCUGACACGGAAAAUAAAGUUUGGGAUACCCUGUUUCAAAGAC